UCACAGAAUACCAAGCUCCUAGUGACCCCCGGGCAGCCAGCGGCCGCUCGGGCCAGGCCAGUGGAGGGCUUCAGCACAGCCCGAGCCAACUCUCACCAAAGAGCUGGAGCACCGAGGCCCCUGGGCGCUGGUGUCGAAACAUGAAACGCCACUUCACAGACUACAGGGGAGAACAGUCAGCGACGGAUGGGACCACCCUCAGCUUGACCAGCCCAGGGUCCACGGAGGAGAGCACGGAAGUGUGCUGGCCAGGGACCGUAAAGAGGGAGGAGGCAUCUCCGAGGCCCAGGUCACCCUGUCUCCAUGAGGAGGACAUCUGCUUCGUCUCCAGGGCACGGAGGAUGCUGAGCUGGAGCAGCUCCCCGUCGUCUCAGUCCUCCUCCGAGUACCAGUCCUACUCUCAGUACCAGUCCUGCUGUUCCUGCGCGUACCAGGAGGAUGCUGCCCAGCAGAGCGUGUGUGCCUUCUACACCCAUGUGCAGACCGUGCAGGGCGUGGCUGUGGCCUGGGAGACCGACACCGGCUUCGAGCCGGUCAGCAGGAAGCCCCGCAUCCACGAAGCCGAGUUCACCAAGAGGCAGAGAAGGAAAGGCUCCUCCUUUGAGAUGGCUUCCAACACCGACCUGCACUGGGACCUGGAAGCCAGCAAGAACGGCUGCUGCCCGGAGCCGGAGGAGGCAGAGCUGCUGGUGCCCCUGGAGUGCUGCGUGCAGGAGCUGCGGGACACUCCCGACUGGCUGGUCACCACCAACUACGGGCUGCGCUGUGUGGCCUGCUGCCGGGUGUUCCCCACGCUGGAGGCGCUGCUGCAGCAUGCCCAGUACGGCAUCCAAGAGGGUUUCAGCUGCCAGAUCUUUUUUGAGGAGAUGCUGGAGAGAAGGCGGGCCCGGGACCAAGCGCAGGAGCAACAGCUGGAGGAGGAGGAACAGAGCCCUUCGGACAGCAGUGAAUAUCCGAGGUACCACGUCGAGGUCGAGUCCCUUCCGUCGCAGCAGCAGAAGCAGUGAGCUGCAGGUGAUGAGCCCAGCCCUGCCCUCACUUCUGUCAUCUCUGUUGCUCCUUCCCCAGCCAGCAGGACCAAAGUCACCAGGGCAGGGAGCGAGGACGAGGGCCGGGGGAAGGAAGCAGAGGAACGUAGAGCUGGGAGGGCCGUGAGAAGUGAAGGGGAAGGAACCCUUCCAAAGGGCACAGCACUUCAACCAGAGUCCAUUUCAAACCUGAAUCCGAGGAGGAGAUCUUCGACCGUUUCUGGCAGCGGCCGCGAGAUCGGAAGGCCCCAAGCGUGUGGCCACAGGGAUUUCUAUUUUUGCUGGUGGAUCGAGCAGGUCAUGACUGGCAGGAGAGCCAACUGCAAACGAAGCUUCAGCCCUAUUUUUUUCAUUGUCAGGAACCCAUCCUAUGCCCUACUUCUAUGUCUUAUUUUAGUGGGAUUAAACUUGAAAAACUCAAAAUUUAAGACAACGACUCAUUGCGUGAACCAUGCCGCGGGUCCACAGUUGGACACACAGGAAAUUCCCAUCUCUGCAGGUUGCAUACUAGCACAGACACCUGGGGACCGGCAGAGGCAGAGAUGGGUGCUGGGUGAGUCUUGCUGACCUAUGAGUUCACACGUCCACUAAACCUUUAAAAAUGUCGCUACAAAAUUCAUCUUCACCCUUCUAUCCAUUCCCAGCUCAGGGGGCUGCAUUCACGCAGGAAAAUCCAUGGAUGGGUCACUGUGUGUUAGGUACGCUGAUGAAACAUACCCUAACCUGCCAGGGAGAGGCAGUUAGAGCAGGCAAUUGCAAAGCAAGGGGACGAAUCACACGAAGGAAGUUUGGGGAGCCCAGAGGAGGGCCCCAAACUCAUGCCGGUUGAUGGGGAAGGAAAACUUUCCAAAAGAGGCGAUGCUCACAGAAACUCGGAAGACAGGUGGCAUUAACUCGGCCAGGUUUACUUGGGCACUGUUGACAUUUUAGGCUGAAUGGUUGUUUGUCUUGGGGGUUGUCCUGUCCACUGUAGGGUGUCUAGCAGCAUCUCUGGCCUUCAUCCACCAGAUGCCCGGAGCAUCCACUCGGCCACAAUUGUGACCAUCAAAAAUGUCUCCAGACAUUAGCAAAUGUCCCCUGGGAGAAAAUCGCCCUUCAGUUGAGAAUCACUGAAUCAGACAAAAAUGAGGAUCUUAGAAGGGUGAAUGACACAGUAUGUUUGGGAAAUUGCCAGCCACUUGGCCUGGAUGGAAUGCUGGAGACGUUUGUCCUUUCAUAUCAUCCAGAGGAUUUAAGUGCCUAUGUGCCAGGCUCUGUACUGGGCACGGGAAAUAAACCAUGAA